AUGGAAAAGGCACCCAUCCAAGCCUACAUACGUAUAAAGCCUGGGAAAAGUAUUCUGAAAUACACAGACCGGACUGUUUUGGUAUCGAAAGAAUGUGGAGAGACUGUAAAAUAUGAGUUUGACGGAGUUUUUGGGCCUAGCUCCACUCAAGACCAGGUAUUUGAGAGGUUCAGAUGUAUUGUUCCAAAACUUAUAAAGGGGCAUAACCAAACAUUAUUCUGCUAUGGUAGCACAGGAGCAGGAAAAACACACACCAUGGUUGGCCAUAGUAAAUCCCAUGGACUGAUGUACAACCUGGUGAAGGAUGUACUAACACAUGGAGGAUUUCUCGUUUCCUAUAUGGAAAUAUACAAUGAGAAAAUUUACGACUUAUUGGAUCCCAAGGAGCUAGUUCUAAGGGAGUGUAAUGGAACAAUAGUGAUUCCAGGCCUCUUCACCAAGCGUGUUGAAAGUAUAGAGGAAUUUGAAGAGAUGUUUAGGCGAGGAACCAAAAACAGAACUACGGCAGAAACAAGGCUCAAUAAGAGUAGUAGUAGAAGCCAUGGAAUAUUAAGAAUAGGAGUUGGAGAGCACAAGCUCAAUCUAAUUGACCUAGCAGGGUCGGAAAAUAAUAGGAAAACGGGAAACGAAGGAAUUAGGCUUACAGAAUCAAAUAGCAUCAAUAGAAGCCUUUUUGUUCUAGGAAAAGUCGUAAAUGCCAUUCUUAAAGGGGAGAAAAGAAUACCUUAUAGAGACAGCAAGCUGACAAGACUACUGCAAGACUCCCUUGGGGGAAAUAGUCUCUGUUAUAUAAUUGCCAAUGUUGUCGGAGAUCUGUCCAGUCUGGGAGACUCGAUAAACACUCUUAGCUUUGCAUCGAAAUCUAGAAGUAUUGUAAACGUACUUGAAACUAUACCUAGAAAUAAGAGCUUGAAGAAUAAAGGGAAAGGCUCUUCCAAUGCUGCUGAAAGGAGACCUUUAUCUUUAAAGACAAAUAUGAAGUUCAACAUUCAAAGAGAGAAUGAUAUGAUUGUGCGAAAGAGGGAAAAAGAGAAUAGCUCUAAUCAAGAAUCUUUACUUUUUGGGCUUUUUCCAAGAGAAGCCCCGGGAGAAAACGGGAAGAAAAGAAAAAAGGCCCAGUCUACCGAUAAAAAACAGGAGGAAGAUAGCAGGAAAUGCAUUUCUAAAACAGAUAAAAGCAAACAUCCAAAAAGUUCAGGACAAACUACCAAUGGGAGCUCAUUGAUUCUAAAAACUCUUCUUGAAAAGCCCGAUAUUGUAUUAUCUCCACGCACGAAAGAAAAAAGCUAUAGGGCAUUUCUAAAAAGAGCUCAGGAGCUUGAACUAGCCCAAAAGUAUCGAUUGGCUCUUGAGGAUUACAAAACUAUGCAAAAGUUCUGUGAUAAUGACUUCAUCAGACAGAAAAUAGAAAAGAUAGGGAUUCUUCUUAAGAAAUCUCGAAAAAAACCUGAAGUUCCAAAGGAAGAUGUCUUGGAAAUUCUUAAUAGGGGAAAUUUCUUCGACAUAAAAAAGCUACCGAAAGUUGGAGAUAAGAGAGCUCAAGCAAUUGUAGAUUUUGUAAGCGGGGGGAAUUUCUUUGAAACACUGAGCGACUUGAAACUGCUGUUCAGCGAAAAGAUUGUAAAUUCUAUUCUUCUUUCUAUAGAUGGCAGAUAA